AUGGUGACAUCGAUUGCAGAGCAGCGGGUGCGCGCCUACCUACAGCAGUGGGACAUGCCGACUGUGCCGAUCCUGUCGACAGAGAGCAACACUAUCGCCGGCACCACCACCGCCUAUCGCUCACACAUGGUGCUCACAAACGUUGAGGUUGGCAGCGUCCGGCUGCACGGAUGCGAGCAAUCAGGCGCCGAGCGAGGUGUGUCGGAGUUUGGGUUCGGCAUCGGGAGCGGUGACGUGGCCUUCUCCGGCGGCGGGGACUUGUGGAUUGACGACGUCUCGCUCCGGCUUGAGGCGUUGCAGGGCGGCAGGGGUGGUGCGGGAGGUCCUCUGGGCUGCGGUGGCACCCUCGCCCUCACGCAGUUGAAUCUGACGGGCUAUUACCACGGCCUGGAGUUCCUCUUUGUCGGUGACGGUGUCAUGCGCCCAGACGUGCCAGGGUUCGCGUGCGAUGGCUACGAGACUCUCUCCACCGAUCCGCUCGAGUCGGGCUGGCGGUGGGAUGGCUCGGGCGAUCGGCCUCCAGGAUUGCGCUCCGAGGUGAUGAGCACUUUGAGCGAGGCGUGUCGCAACCCGUCCGUCCUCGAGCGCUUGACAGGCCGCUGCCUCUUUGUCUCCGCAUGGCCCGCUGCAGUGCUUCACUCGCCGGCAUUGCUCGCGGGACCGCUUUUGUUUGGCGCUCUUGGAGCCUGCUUGUUGACCUACUGCAUCUGCUGCUGCCGCCGUCGCCGCCGCACCUCUUUCCGGCGGACAAAGGGCGUUGGCCCGGUGCCAGAAGUGGGAGGACAGGGCCACCAGGACCGACACAAGGCCAAGCAGCCAGGAGACUUCCCCAUCGCGCCGCAGCAGCUGCAGACGAUCCUCCGCAGAGGUGUGACUGUAUGCGGAGUGAACGACGUGACGAUGCGCACAUCAUCUUAA